AUGUUACAUGUUGAUCUCGGGAUCCAGCACGAGGCAUCCGAGGAGGUCUCUGUACGAUCAGAUCAAUCCAUAAUAUCCUCAACACAACAUCACCCCAAUAGUGAUAACGAAUCAACUUCAAGUGCAUCUCGCACCAAAACCAUACAGCGACACACAACAGCAUACGCUCCGUUCUAUGAGUCAGAAUCCACGCCCUUCAUACUCUUCCAGUUCCCUAGAAUCUUGUUCCGUUGGUUCUACACAUUUUCCUUGCUUGUAAUUACCAUAAUAGCCACUCUUUUGGUAGCAGUUACGCCUAUUGAUGUCAUUAUACAAUCAUCAGACUCAUCCUUUUCAAGUAUUAAGGUAUUCAUUGUCAUAGGUGUGUGUGUAAUUUUUGUGCUAAUUUCUAUAAUCAUGUACUUACUGAGGAUCUUCCAGAAUAAGGUUGCCUUGAAUGAUAUACCAUCCAAAUCAAUAUAUAUACCAGGAAAGGACGACAUACCUAAGAGAUGUUUCCAGGAGAUUGACCAAAACUUGGUUAGAAAUAGUGAGGUACAAAUGAAGGCUGGUCCUUUGUUUAACAAGUCUAUUAUUAUCAGUUAUCCAGGAUUAUCUCCACCGGACUAUGUUCAGGAGAAGAACUUGAAGUGUUUCAGCGAUGCGAAUAAAAGUACGGUUUGUCCCGGUACUUUAUUGCCGCCUGGUGCUUGCUAUGAAGAUAUUAUGAGAAGUAUAGGCGAUAAGCUCAAGAUAGGAGGGAGAGUUCUUACUCAACUCGACGUUCCGAAGAGUUUGUCAUUUCGGGAAAUUUUAAUCUACGUAUUUAAAGUUUACAAGACGGAUCCUAAUUUCCAAACCGAAAGAUUGCCUGAUAUUAAACGACUCAUAGAACUAUACGAAAAGAUGACAUUUGGCCCCAAUUUGAUUGAGGAAAGGGACAUUUUGGAAUUUAUGGUUGAGUUUGAAAAGUUGGUUCAGUAUUGUCAAGAGAACUAUAACGGCACAUUAUCAUACCAGCAAGUAACAGCAAAAAAGAGUGGAGCCUCAAAGAAACUGAUCUACGAUGGUAGUAUCCUCGAAACCAACACAAACAGGCUGAGACUGAGAUCUGGAAGCAGGCUUAACGAAUCGAACAGAAAUCACUCUAGGUAUCUGUAUGCCAAUAGUGAGUUACCCACUUUCAAGAUUGACAAUGAUGGAAGCGAGCUUGACCAAGGGCUGAUCAUACAGCAUCGUCGUCAGAACAGCCAGGACUAUAGUGAUGAUAACGAGAGUUAUAAACGUGCAUCUGGAAGUCUCAGGCGCAGUAGCAGCUUAAGGUCGGUAGUAACGAACAAAUUAGCCAUAUCCAAAAGAAAGGAAUAUCGUGAGCAAGACGAUCCUGAACUUAAUAUCGACUUGGGAUACCUAACCGAUAGCGAAGACGAAGACUUCGACGAUGAUGAAUCUGAAAUUGGCUCUGGAACCGAUGAUGUUUCGGAUUAUUACGGAUUCCGCACCAAAAGUUCAGAUAGGAGAGGAUCUGAUAGAAGAUCAAGGGGUUCGAGAAGACUGAGUAAUAAAAGAGAUUAG